AUGUCUUUCAACCCCGUCUUCGAACCUUCCAAGGCAAGGCCAAAGUCCUUAAUGGCAUCUAGCAUAAGCCGUGGCAGCGCUAUAAUUCGCGAUCAAUUCACACUCUCCACUUGGAUGGUUAUAGGCGCCUCUGCAUACGCACUGGUAUCAAUCCUUUUACCAAAGAGUGCACACUAUCUCGGCGCAUGCCUUUUCGCGCUUUUGGCGUAUAGAGUCAGCUGUACAAUCCUGCAAUUAUAUGGCAUCAUCCCCAAUCCCGAAAUGGCAAAAGUCAUUCCCGGAAAGUCGAGUGCACAGAUACCUGAUAUGAACGGCAAUCUGCACACGGAGCCGGGUAACGAAGGGGUUGUGGUUUUGUUUCUAGGGUUCAAAUCGAACCAUCCCCUACGAAUGCUGGCACCCGGCUUCAAAGAGACAGCCAGCCAUUUCAUGGCCAUGCUAAAAUCUCUCGACAACCCCAAAGGCCGCGAAGAAUACGGCUUCCUGGGCGUCAGCUCAUAUAUUGGUAGUCAAUGCAAUACCUCCAAUGAGGUGAUGACUGUCAGUUACUGGAGAAACACCGAAGGUCUUCACGCCUUUGCCGAAAGCCCCGUUCAUCGUGAAGGAUGGGACUGGUGGAAUAAGACCGUCCAGCAACAUCCUCAUAUGGUUAUUUUCCAUGAAAUAUAUAAGGCGGAACGCAAGGCUUAUGAGAACAUUUAUGUUAAUUCGCAGCCUACUCUGAUUGGGGGUAUUGCAUUCCCGGUAAAAUCAGAUGAAAAAGAAGAGCAACAAUGGGUAAACCCGCUUGUUGAGGCUAACAGAGGUGUUUUGGCGACGAGUAAGGGACGAUUGGGUCUUCGUGGUAGCCAUAAAUGA